AUGCAGGGCGCGGCUGAACGCCGUUUCCUUUGUUUUCCUUCCUCUUCUUUCUCCUUACCUUCCCAUCACACCACUCACUCCCCUGACGCCGACGGCACCAACUCGACCUCGCCCUUCUCUUUCGAGCCCCCCCUAUCUACAUCUGCCACAAUGCGCAUCACACUCUCCAUCACCAACUCGGAGCCACAGGGCGAUGACCAGGAACUGCUCUCCCUGGAGGUCUACCCGGAGAUGACAAUUGAGACUCUGCGUAGCUCCAUCCAGGCCGAGACCACCCACCACCCCAGCGCCCAGCAUCUCUACCACAACGGGCAGCUCGUCCACGACAAUGCCAAGACUUUGGGCGAGCUCGGCGUGACCGACGGCGACAUGCUCGCCCUCCACAUCCGCGACAUGCGGGGCAGCACAACAACCCCGGCGGCCGCCAGGGCGGCCCCGCAGAGUGCAGCUCGGCCUGCAGCGCGGCCACCCCCAGCGCAGGACCCCGAGGUGAUUCGGCUGCAGAUUCUCGGAGACCCGAACCUGAGGGGCGAGCUUGGUAGAUCGAGGCCCGACUUGGUAGCUGCGCUAGAGGAUCCGCAAAGGUUCGCGCGUCUCUUCGCCGAUAGUCUAGACAGGGAACGAAGGGAGCGUAACGAGCGCCAGCGUCAGAUCCAGCUGCUCAAUGCGGAUCCAUUUGAUAUCGACGCGCAGGCGAGGAUCGAGGAGAUCAUUCGUCAAGAGCGCGUCAUGGAGAACCUGCAGAAUGCCAUGGAGCACAACCCGGAAGUUUUCGGCACCGUUCACAUGCUCUAUCUCGAAGUGGAAGUCAAUGGGUACAAGGUCAAGGCUCUGGUCGACUCGGGUGCGCAGGCGACUAUCAUGAGCCCGCAGUGUGCUGAGGCCUGCGGCAUAAUGCGCCUCGUCGACAAGCGCUUUUCGGGCAUCGCCCGCGGCGUGGGGACAGCCAAUAUUAUCGGCCGCGUGCACUCGGCACAGAUCAAGAUUGGCCCCCUCUUCCUGCCAUGCAGCUUUACCGUCAUGGAGGGCAAGCAAGUGGAAAUGCUGUUGGGGCUCGACAUGUUGAAGCGAUAUCAGGCGAGCAUCGAUCUUGCAAAGGACAAGCUCAUCAUCCAGGGCGUCGAGGUGCCAUUCCUGGGGCCAGCCGACAUUCCGGUCGAAACUGAGGAAGCGGUUGAACGGGAGCCCACCGUCCCAGGCCCCGCGGGGACGACGAUCGGCCAACGGUCUGGUGCUGUGCAUGCGCCCAGCGGACAGAGCGGAGCCGCGCCGGCUCAACGGCCCCAGCCGGGUGCUACUCCCGCCCCCGCCGCCGUUGCCGCCACCCCCAGCAGCCAACCCAGGGCACCGGCAGCACCUUCGUUCCCAAGGGAACAUAUCGACCAGCUCGUGGCGCUUGGGGCGUCUGAGCAGCGGGCGAUCCAGGCGUUGGAGGCGACCGGAGGGAACGUCGAGUAUGCCGCGAGCUUGAUUUUCCAGGACUGA